AUGAAUCAGCAUUCAACACUAGGUGGAAGUGCUGAUCCUGAUAGGAAGAACUCAGCUGGCAGUGGUGUGACUCAGAAACGAGGUUCUCCGACCUUUGAUUCAAGUAUACGGAGGCAAUCAACAGGGGAGCUUCGAACUUUUAAAGAACAGUGGAACCAAGCUGUAGCAGAAGACAAGAAUUGGGUCGACCGGUCAUCAUCAACUCGGAAUCGAAUUAGCAAUAACCGGAGAUUAAAACGAAGUAGUGUGAUUCCAAGUUUAGUGCAGAGGAAAGCUAAAAAGCCUACAACAUAAAAAAAAACACAUACAGUUUUUACUCAGAUUAAAUAUAGAAAAGUUUUUGUUU